AUGAUCCGGUUACCUGAUGAUAUGUUCCCUUACCGUGUCCCUGUAACAACAACAAAAUCCCAGAAAAACCCACUCCCAACAGCUCACACUGAAUGCAAAGUCAACAUUGACCAGCCUGAUCCAAAUCAUGAAAAAGCAUGUACUAUACCUGAUAAAGAGAUUAAGGAACAUGUUGAGAAAGAAAAAGACACAUCAGAAGACACAAAACAAAGAGAACAUGAUCAAGAUGAUAAAUAUUGUGAUGUGACACAUCAUUUUUCCCAAAAUAAACCCCCACGUACUCUUGAAGACUCUGUAGCUGAACUCUUUCAUCAAGAUGUACAUGCUCAAAUGCUUUGUCUUCGUGAGAAGGUGAAGGAAAGAUUGAGCAACUCAGAUGAUUACCAGUCAUUUUUGAAGUGCAUUGCAGAGUAUUGA